AAAGCAUGGUAAUUCGAAAAUACUACUGGUUUUCUACUAAUACAAAGCUUAAUGCUAAAUCCUGAGAAUCCCAUUAAUGAUUGUUUGUGAAAAACAAAAUCCUAUAGUUUAGAGAAAAGUUUACAAUUAUAUUAAAUUUUAUUGUCACAGAAACAAUGCAAUUGUGCAAAACAGACCAGCAUAGUUUAUUAUAUUUCCCUUGUUCAUGAGUUGUGUUGUUUAUUUUUUAGGCCUCAUAGCAUUCAUCCUGCAGUGAGAGAGGGGAUAAGAGAGCACAUCCUGAGCUUCCCACGCCAACCGAACCACUACUCACGGAUGAAGGGAGAUGUGGAGAGGGAGUACCUGAGCCCUGAUUUAAACCUGCUCCGCAUGUUCCGCCUGUACAAGGAAAACAAUCCAGCAUCCACUACAAAGUUCUGGCUCUAUAGGGACAUCUUCAAGCAGCAAAACCUCAGUUUUGGGCAGCCAAGAAGUGAUACUUGUGCAAAAUGUGACGCCCUGUUCUCAAAAUUAGUAGCUACUACAACAGAUGGAGAAAGGUUGAAGAUCACAGCCAAGAGUGAGCUUCACCACCGGAAAGCCGAAAAAGCAUACACCCAGUUGCAGGCUGACACAGAGUGGGCCAAAGCCAAUGAUGACUGCCAUGUCAUUUGUAUCGACAUGCAGGGGGUAGUGUACACGCCAAACCUGACACACUCCAACGUGUACUAUCAACGGCAGCUGGCCAACUACAACCUCUGUAUCCAGGAGAUGGGCACUGACAAACCUCCUACAAUGUGCCUCUGGCAUGAGGGCAUCGCUCACAGAGGUUCCAUCGAGGUGGCAAGCUGUCUUUUGAAGUGGGCAGAAACAUCUUUCGCUCCCCUAGUCCAGGCAAAGGAACGGAAGCUCAUCAUCUAUAGUGACCGAUGCUGUGGGCAGAACAACAACUGGCGAGUCCUAAACCUCAUGGCCCUACUCAUAUCUAGAGGGUACUUCAGUCAGAUAGAGCAGAAGUUCAUGGUGUCUGGUCACUCCUUCCUUCCCUGUGACCGUUCAUUUGCCACGCUGGACAAGAGGCGUAAGGUGUCCACACUCCACACCCCCAGCGAUGUCGCCGAGAUGAUCCGUGGAGCCAGGCAGCUGCAUCCAUUUAAAGUAAUUGAGAUGAAAUGUGCGGACUUCAGGCAGCUCCCUGAUGCAACAUUAAAGCAUCCACCUGGCUUCCUAAUCACAUCCAUGAUGUGGUUGAAAGUGACAGCUACUGAUCCAUGGUGUGUCCACACAAAAGGGAGCCACAGCCUCUACGAGGGAUGGAAGCAUUGGCUGAUCACCAAACAGAGGAAGAAUCAACCACCUCCAGCUCCCUUGUUCUCCACCACGUAUGCUCGUGCUUACGAGGACCCUCUGCCCAUCAAGAAGGAGAAGCACCGUGACCUUAUGAAAAUGCUAGCCUACAUGCCAGCGGAGGCCCAAGCAUUUUAUGGGACAUUAGAAUGUGAAGAGUAGCCUGGUAUGUGUAGGUCAUGUGCAGGGAAAGGUGGGAUAUAUUGUGUAUAUUGUGUGAAAUUAAUCAUAAAAGUAGUUGUAGCUUAUCUUGUAUGUCUUAUCUUAUGUUGUAUAAUAGGAAUAUAUAGGUAUUUAUUUUAUUUUAUUUAGAACCAAAAAAAGGAAGACGUAUAUGGUAAACUAGCAUAUAGAACCAGCAUGGAAUGAAGAUGAUGUAUGUCUCUAUUGUAAAUAUGUAUUGUUUACCAUUAUUACUGUUUAUUGUUUGUAUUUAUUGUUUAUUGUAUGUACGGUUUGUUUGUACUGACGUUUAUUUUCUGUACUAUAAGUAGGCCUAUGUAUUGUUCAUUGUUCGUACCGUAUUGUCCGCGUUUUUGUUCUGUGAUUUACGUUGGCAAAAAAUAAAAAAAAUUGAAAGAAAGAAAUGCUUAAUAUUUUCUUUAAGGUUCUGUUACUGUAUUAAAACUAAGAUAAAGGAAUCAAAUCUCCAGUGGUUUAAAUUGAUAUGAUUAAUUGGACUUAUACUGUUAUUCCACAUUAACUGGACAUAUACUGUUCUUCCACAUUCCAGAAAUGUAAAUUACUCUAACUUUUUAUUUUUAAGAUUGAUACUAAAAAAUCCUGUCUCAUUAGAAUUGGGAAGCUUUUG